AGACCAUCCAGCACAGCUUUUGCCAGCAACUGAAUCAUGCUUCAGUGUGGCUCGCCUCAAUUUCCUGUUGCAACUUCCCAUAUAUUCUCUGUGAGCUGACCCCAGAAGUGCCUGCAUUCAAUCCGACCCAUGACUACAAUCCAUUGCUGGUCUUUUAAGGUGCUGCUGGACUUUUUGCAUUUACGGUUUAACUCAAUCACCUGCAGCUCAGAUGACUUUCAACAUGACCCUUCUGGCUCUAUUUUUGAAGGUGCUGGUGAGUCCCGCUUUAGCAGGAGGCAGAGGUGCUGAGUCCCAGGAACAGCAGGUGCUGCAGCCACAGAACUUUGUCUCAGUGCUAAGAGGACAGGAUCUUAAACUGGAGUGCCACGUGUCUGGUACAUUUCCACCAGGUCCAGUGAGGUGGUUCAUGGGACAAGGUCUUACCCGGAGGCUCAUCUAUACAGAGUCCAAGACAGAUGAGAGAAUAACAAGGAGCAUUGAAAACUCUGACAUGGAUUUCACCAUCGUCAUCCAUAACAUUAUUCUUGAGGAUGCCGGGACUUAUUACUGUGUAAAGCAGAAGACAGUACCUGGAAAGGACCCCAAAGACUGUAAAAGUGGGCAUGGCACUGUGGUGGCUGUGAAAACUUUCCAAGACAUCAUCAUUCCAGCGGCUGCCGGGACACUCAGCGUUCUCGUUGCUGCUUUGUUUUUUGCAGCUGUUUACUUCUACACAAAAAAGAAAAGAGGUAUGAACCAGUGCACCUCAAGCCUUAAAGCCCCCUUGCCAGAGAAUGAAAGGCCUCCUAAGCAGACCCUGCCUGAUAAAGAGGUUGUCUAUGCUGACGUGAAGCUCUCCGUCCCCAGCAACCCACAGAAGCCCAAGCAAAGCAACCCAGAGGAGCACUCUGCAUACGCCACCAUCCGGGUAGCACAGCCUGCCACUGGGUAAAGAGAGAAAAGGUGGCUUCCCUGCCUUGGUGCCAGUGACCUGGAGUGCAGCUCGGGAGGGACCGGAGCCUGGAGUCGGGCUCAGGACGGGACACAAUUUCCUAGCCUUAAAAAGGCAGCGGGAGGCAGCCCAAGGUCUCGCUGUGUCUCCUCUCCACAUCAACCCGUUUCCUCCUUUACCCUCAAAGGAGCCCUGCCACCUGCAAACUGGUGGCAUUACACACAUGUAAGAAGGCCUCGAUCCCGGCUGCAGGUGGGGCCUUUUCUUGCCAACGGAUUCAGACUUUUUUUUUUUUUUUGCAAGAAGUUGGAAAUGUGGAGGAGGCCGUGGGAAAAGGGAGCAUCCUUGUAUUUUGUCCGCCCUGGAGCCAAGCACAUUUGCACUGCCCAUUUGCACUGCCCUGGUCAUUACCUGAUGACUUACACACGUACAGAAGAGACCCACCAGGCUGGGCCAAGCAAAUUAAUUUGAUUACGAAGCAAGCAGAGCGGGGGAGACAGUUCUUCCAGGAGGCUGAGGAGGUGAGGGGCCGUAUUUCCGAAGUCGCUGAUACGAACAGGGUGACGCAUCAUGGCAGAGACAGUUCUGGCAGCAUCGCUGAGAGCAAGCCAAUAGCAGACGCCCUCUGGACUGGAGUCCAUCUUGUCGGCAGCUGGCGGGCCGCAAGCAGUGCUGGGAAGUUCCCCUCCUCCCCCCUCUAUUUUCCUCCCUUUAAUAUAUUUGUAACGGUU